CUCAUUCUUUACUCAGUCUCAGAAAGAAGAUGCCUCAAAUCUCUCGCUCACUCUCUCGCUUCAGCCCGGUGAUCCCUUAAAUCUCAGAGUGAUUUCAGAAUAGGAAUCGAUUGGAAUCAUCUCGGUGAUUUAAUUUAUUUACCUAUUCCAUUUACAUAGAAAUCAUUGAGAGGUAAACCUAUCUACAUCAAGCUUCAGAAUCGAUUUCAUUUAUUGAGAGACUCAUCUCUCUCUCUCUCCUCGGCCGAUCUCAUCCAUACUCACCGCCGCUGCUGUCUUCUCAUUAUCGCCUCAGAUCGACAGCUACAGUGGUGGAAGAGGAUGGCGGUGGUGGUGCUCGUUGAAGAAAAGAACAAGAGACGAGAUCUGAAGGAUUUCGAACUAAUUAAAGCCAGAUCUGAAGGUUUCAAGGAACACCUGAUCCAAAUAUGGGGGUUUCGAAUCAGAUAUGUUGGUGAGAUGUCCUUCAAAAGCAUUGUACGCGAGCUGAGGGAGAUGAAAGAUGGAAUGGGGAGUCUAUCAAAACGAAGGGUGGAAGGCAAGCACUGGUGUAACCGAACCCGAUCACAUAUUGCCCCUGAUGUAGCCCCUUCUGAGCCAGUUGAACAAGGAAAGUGGGCUAACUUGCCUCCGGAAUUGCUUUUGAAUAUAAUUCGGAGGGUUGAAGAGAGCGAAACAACCUGGCCUGCAAGGACCGAUGUUGUCUUUUGUGCAUCAGUUUGCAAAUCAUGGAGGGAUACUACAAAGGAGAUUGUCAAGACUCCAGAGGAAUGUGGGAGACUGACCUUUCCCAUUUCAUUGAAACAGCCUGGGCCGAGGGAUUCUCCUAUUCAAGGCGUUAUUAAAAGGGACAGAACAACUUCCAUAUAUCGUCUGUACUUUGGUCUGAUGCCUUAUAAUCAUGCAAUUCUUAGGUAUCUUGCUUGUGCAUUUCCUGGAGUAGCUGAUCACUGGUACUCUUUGUUUCUGAAACUGUGCGGUGGUUGAACCAUGCGGUUGAAAAGAUUUGGCCUGUUUGUAUGGAGCCCAUUGUUUCACAGAAAAUUCUCCUUCCUAUCAUACCUUGGUUCUUGGAGAAGUACAAACCAUGGACUGUGGUACGAGUCUACCCUCCUAAAUACGAUUAAUUGCUGUCCUUGAGUGAAACCUAUUUUCACUCAUGGGCUUGAUGUUACAGAACUUCCAGGGAUUGCUGGAUGGUUGGAUAAGCUUCUCGCUGUUGCGUUUGAGCAGACACUAGUUGAGCCCAAUAUGUUGGUCGUUGACAUGGAGAAAUUCGUUUCACCACAGCAAGGUAAUUUUUGUGAAGAAAGAAAUUAGGAUUAGGCUCAUUGCUUCUCAAUUACUUAAAAUAUUAAUAUAACUCAACAACUAUG